CAGACAAGUCACAAUUUGAUCAAUUUCGAUUUUCGAUCUCAUCUCAUCUCAUCUCAACUCAAUUUCUCAACAUCUCAUGAUCUCAAUUCUCAAUCCUAUGGUUGCAGUUUGAGUUUAAUUUUUCACAAUUGUAUUUUUAAUAAUUAAGUGUAUUUUUAAAUAAAAAUCGAUUUUGAAGAUAAACGGUUACUUUACUAUGAUCAACCUGAAAUAAAACUGUUUUCCUGGAGGCACGAACUACAAGAAAUUAAACAAAAUCCUCAACAUGACCACAAAACAGCUAUGGGGUGAGUUUGAAACCGAAGAGGGCGACGAUGCUAUAAUGCAGAACGUAAACUUUAGCCCUAUAAUUGAACUGGGACUGCAAAACAUACCAGAAUUACCCAUCACAGUAAAGACAUCGCCUAUCGAGCUACCGACGCCAAACUUAAUUACUCACACCAUUCAACUACACGCAUAUUCUCGACAACUAUCCAAUAUCAUAGAGCAAGCAGAGAACGCGAUUUUUGAUGGCGCGCGAAUGGAGACACUAAAUACACCAAAUCCUCCGCCUGAACCGAUUUUGAAAAUCGAACAUGAAGCCACGCCUCCUAUAAACUUUUUGCCAAAGCAGUACUGUGACUUCUCUCUUGGAAAAGGUCCGGUGAUCCUACCAUUUACUCCGGAAAGCCAUAAACGAGCUUUGAAACAAUGUGCAGCUAUUGGCAUAGGACAAGUUGGCUUCACAACAUGCACUAACACAGCAUUAGACUCUGUGGCCGAUGCCUUGGACAUUUAUAUGACAAAUAUGUGCAAAUUAUUAAGAAUAGCUGUAGACAGAGAAGCUAGUGGUCUUAAAUCAGGCUUCCCUGAUGUUAUAUCAAAGGUGUUUGCAGACUUAAAUGUUGGUAAUUUACAUGAGUUUUAUGAGAACCGUGUUGUUAGAUAUCAUAGUAUAAUGAAAAAUAGAUGUGAGGAAUUAAGAAAUCAAUGUGAAAUCUUAGCAAUAGGGGACAUAGCGCCACAACUGAAACUUGAAGAGGUUCCUGAACUACACUUCCCUGCUGUAUUGGAUGGUUCGUUCACGCCGUCUCUAGAACCUGGUUUCCAAAUGCUGCACAGUUUGGAACAAGAACAAUUGCAAAAUCUAGAACUGCUGGACACAGUUACCAGUGAUGAUAUCAAAGUGGAUGUAAUGGAGUUUUCACAACAAGAAACUACUAAGUUACCCUCUUUGUCUCCUACUGCUAAAAAGAAAAGAAAAUAAAAUUAAUCUAUGUCA